AGCCAGCCCUUCCUCUUUUGUUCUCAAGCCAAACUCCAAUCCCCAAGAAUCACUCCACACUCUCUCUCUCUCUCUCUCUCUCUCUCCCUCUCUCAAACACAAACACAUUCAUUCAUAUCUUUCUUCUCCACCACCAUCAACAAUGGUGGAUGCAAAACCUGUUUUCCAAGUUCUGCUUCAUCUGCUUUUCCUCUGCCUCUGUUCUGCAAAUGGGGUUCAGUCUUUCAAAGAGAAGAAGGUCCUCAAACUGCAAGAGUUUCGUUGGAGGCAGCGUGGUGGAACCAGAAGUACUGUUUGCCUCUCUCAGAAAUCAAGAAAAGAAAAAGGUGCAACCAUAUUGGAAAUCAAACACAGAGAUUACUGCUCAGGAAAGAUUGUGGACUGGAACAAAAAGCAACAGAAACGUUUAAUUUUCGAUGAUCUUCAUGUUCGGUCACUGCAAUCCCAAUUCAAAAACAGAGUCUAUGGCAGAAUAAAAGAUGCAUCAGAAGCUCAAAUUCCAUUAACUUCUGGUAUAAGGCUACAAACAUUAAACUACAUUGUGACUCUGGAAUUGGGAGGUAGAAAUAUGACAGUGAUUGUAGACACAGGCAGUGAUUUGACUUGGGUUCAAUGCCAACCUUGCAAAUUAUGUUACAAUCAACAAGAACCUCUUUUCAACUCAUCUGCAUCCCCUUCAUACAAAUCUGUUUUAUGCAAUUCAUCAACUUGCCAAGCACUCCAGUUUGAUACUGGGAAUUCUGGGGCGUGUGGGAGCAAUCCAACGAGCUGUAACUAUGUCGUUAACUAUGGUGAUGGCUCGUAUACGCGCGGUGAGCUAGGUAGUGACCAUCUCAGUCUUGGAGCUACACCUGUGAACAACUUUGUGUUUGGCUGUGGCAGGAACAAUAAGGGUCUGUUUGGAGGAGCCUCAGGUCUAAUGGGCUUGGGAAGGAGUGAGAGUGUUUCACUGGUUUCUCAAACUUCUGCCUUAUUUGGUGGUGUGUUUUCCUACUGUUUACCUACAACAGAAGCCACAGCUUCUGGUUCUUUAAUUAUGGGAGGUGAUGCUUCAAUUUACAAGAAUUCCACUCCGAUUUCUUACACUAGAAUGGUUCCAAAUCCAGAGCUGUCAUCCUUUUAUUUUCUGAACCUUACUGGUAUAAGUAUUGGGGGAGUGGCUUUACAAGCUCAAAGUUUCGCAAGUGGUGGGAUUCUGAUUGAUUCUGGGACAGUUAUUUCAAGGCUUGCUCCUUUAGUUUACGAGGCUGUCAAGGCAGAGUUUCUGAAACAGUUUUCGGGGUACCCUCCAGCACCAGGUUUUUCAAUCUUGGACACUUGCUUCAACCUCAGUGCAUAUCAAGAAGUGAGCAUUCCUACCUUAAAGUUUCACUUCGAGGGAAAUGCUGAGCUGAAUGUUGAUGUAACUGGAGUCUUUUAUCUGGUAAAAACUGAUGCAUCACAGAUCUGCUUGGCUCUUGCAAGCCUUUCGUACGAAGAUGAGAUCGGUAUUAUUGGGAACUAUCAGCAGAAAAACCGAAGGGUCAUAUACAAUACUAAAGACUCUAAGCUGGGAUUUGCAGAGGAAUCAUGCAGUUUUAUAUGACCUGGAAUUUAAAAAGGAUUUAGGUAUGUUUUCGCCUAUAUAUUUUUCAAAGUAAAGCCAAGCAACCCGUUGGCAACAAAACCUUCAACCAAAUAGUUCUUCUUAGUUCAUUUGAUGUAUAAAUAGUUAUGGUCACAAUUGGGACAAGGUAUAGAACAUAUGAAUGCAUGCGCUUUGCAGUUUCUGAGUGCCUCUCUAAUAAAGUGACUCCCUACAGCUGAGGCAGGAAGAGUUUGAACUGUAUAUUAUUUUUCUGUGUAUCUGUUUGGGCGUAAGAAGAUACGCAGGAGUGUGAAGGUAUUAGCUAUUGCGACCACGCAAGGUUCACAUAUAUGUGCCCUCCUUGUUGCUUCAUAUAAAUGAAAAAUGAGUCCUUGCCAAAGCUCUUGAGAACUUUGUGUGAAAGAACUCUGUAUUAUAUCAUG